GGCUCCGCGCCCACGGCCCCCUCGCCGCCGUCCUCCCCCGCCUCCCGCUCCGUGCCCCGCCCGCGCAGCGCCGCCCGGCCCGGACCUCCACGGGAGACUCACGUACGCCGCCUGCCCGGUCCCGACGGGGGAGCCGAGGGUGGUGAAUACUUACUCUGCUGGGAAAUAGGAGAGUACUUCUUGAGUGAAAAAUAUGCCUCCCAAGUUCAAGCGCCACCUAAAUGAUGACGAUGUCACUGGUUCUGUGAAAAGUGAAAGGAGAAAUCUUUUGGAAGAUGAUUCAGAUGAAGAAGAGGACUUUUUUCUAAGGGGACCAUCUGGACCAAGAUUUGGACCUAGAAAUGAUAAAAUUAAGCAUGUUCAGAAUCAGGUGGAUGAAGUUAUUGAUGUCAUGCAAGAAAAUAUUACAAAGGUAAUUGAAAGAGGGGAGAGACUAGAUGAACUACAGGACAAAUCAGAAAGCUUAUCGGAUAAUGCAACUGCUUUUAGCAACAGAUCCAAACAACUUCGAAGACAAAUGUGGUGGCGUGGAUGUAAAGUAAAAGCCAUCAUGGCUUUGGUUGCUGUUAUCCUUUUGUUAGUGAUUAUCAUUCUUAUAGUUGUGAAAUACCGUACUUGAUUUGAUGACACAGAUCUUCAUUAAACAAAAUCUGGGACAAUAAUAAUAAAAGAUUGCUGCAUAAUUUAAAUGAAACUCAUGCAUAUAACUUUCAAAACUUCUUUUGCAAGAAACGAAGAGGCAAGUAUCACUUCAAAUUGGAACAUUGAGAAUGUCCAGUGUCUUCUUCCCUUCUAACAAAAUGUGCUUUUAAUAAUUAUGUUUAAGGCAAAGAUAACCAGCCUCUAUUUUACCUUUUUUCAAGGAUCUAAUUUGAAACUAGAUACUUGCCAGUUCAUUAUUUGUGUAUAUAGUUAAACACUGAUAACGAUAUGUCAUACUGUUAUUUUAAUGGCAUAGGGACUUGCAUUAUUGCAUCAAGGUGGGGGUCAGCCUGGUGGUCAGGAAGCCUGUGUAGAGUUCCAUCGAAUCGUUAUGUUAAAAGAGAUGCAUAACCAUUCCACUAAUGUUUGCAGGAUUCUUCUCACAUUACAAUUGCUUUGCAAGCAAUUUCCACGUUUAUGGGUGUAACAAAAGCUAAAUGUUGUAAAUGUUGCUGCCUUCAGCUAUAACUACAAACAUUCCAGUAAACCUAUUUUUGACUGUCUAAGGGAAUGUGUAGUAAUUUUUUGACAUUUGGAAUAUGGAAAUGGGGAAUUUAAACAGUGUGAAGAGCAUAGUAUGCGCCAUAAAACUGGAGAUAAUAAAAUUAUUGGACACUGUCAUUGGAGUGUUUGAAAAUGACCAACACGUAGCUACAAGUCAUGGUCCGUUCUGUUUUCAGUUAGCUUCUAAUAAAAAGGACUAGUCCUAGUGUGAGUAAAUGAAAUCCACAGAUAACUUAGUCCCUAAUUUGAUUUUUGUUAAUAGCUUUCCUCUUUAACUUCACUUAGCCCUUUACCAGAAUUGCUAAAAGUAGCAAAAUCAUCUGCCUAGAAUUUACUAUUUUUGCAUUCCCCCAUCAUCCCCUGGGAGAUGCAUCUUGUACAAUCAAGUGGCAAAUUGACUAACAAUGAGUAUAAAAAGUCAGGAGCCUAGGUAAUCUUCAGUUAGUCAGUAACCAAAUGCUAGGGUCACCGUUAACCUCCGUUUGUUUUUAUAACAAUAAAAUGUGUUAAUAACUUUCCAGUGUGCCAAGCUCCUUGUGUUGUUUGAACAAGUCACAGUGAACAUCCAUAGUCUUCGAAUGUAUGUGAGGAGGAAGCUUCAUAAUGACAUUGGAGGUUCUGUGGAAACUUGUGUACAUGGACAUCUUGACAAUAUAUGUAUAUAACUCUAAAUUUGAGAUAGGGUUAUUAAUAGAAAAUACCAGUAUUCAAAUAAGAAAAAAAAAGAUUCCGCAUAGGUUUUAUUUCUUUGGUCAUUUUAAUUCAAAAUGUAUAAAACAUAGAUUUUUUAAAAAUUCUACAGGAUUAGUACUAAGAGGCAAAAAUGUUCUGUUUAGAAUGGAAAGAAAUGUGAAGGGAGAAAGCAGAUUAAGAGAUGCUUAAGACAUCUGCAAGUUAUGAAGAUCUAAAUAUAAUUGCUAAAUUUUAUGGCCCGCUAAGAACAUUUAAAAAGAGAUAAAGGUCUUACACACUAUGGAGUGUUGUCUCUGGUCUCUCCACUCUUUGUAAAUGUCGUGUAAUGUAAAUAACUAAAUCCUUUGACAAAAUAGGAUACCCGGGAAAAUGAGCAUCUUGAAUUUCAUUAGCUAAUAUAGUUGGAAUGGAAAUGUUCUAAUUGAGUAGACAGAGUCAGUCCUAACGUAUGCAUAUAUGUCUUUUAUUUGGGAUUGGAACUGGACUCAUCAGUGGUUAAUUUUCCAUUAGUUGAUGUAGAAAUCUGGUUUCUCCAUGAUAUCAGUAAAGGUGAAGACUAUUUCUCAUAAAGAAUCCACAUUUCCAGUGUUUCUUUUAAUAAAGUAUGCCACUUUUAAAGAAAUAUAAAAAUAAAAUUAUUUUUUAAAAUUUCAACCAUAAAAAAUAAAGGCAAUAUUUAUAUGACAAGAGUGUAUAUAUCUCUUUGUAUUAAAUAUGUUGCUGCUGAGCAGACUGGUGGUGGACAUGUCACCCUGUUAGAGCUUUGUACUAGUGGUGACUUGGUUCACAGUUUAUCUUUCUUCUUUCUUGGUCUUGAUUAAUCCUGAGACCCUUAAAAUGGCUGGCAUGUUUGUGACUUUAUUGUGGCAACCUUGGAGACGUGAGCCUUCUUAAAAUCAAAAACAGAAGAAAAAUUUGUUGUUCAAAUUGAUGCCAGACCUACCUUCCUUCCCUCCCUUAAUCAUUCUUUUUCUCAUUCAGCUUAGAUCAUCCUGCACUUGAGAAAUGAAGUUUUACCACCAUCAAAACUAUCAUUAUUUAACAACAAUGAAGAUCAACAGAAAAAUUCAAGUAGCUUUGUAAAUACUAUUUGCUACCCAGUGAAAUCAGGUCAUUGUUUCUAUACUGCCUGAAACAUACCUUCUGAAUUUUGUUUAACUACUGAAGCCUGUUGCGCUGCAGCAAUUUUGUUAUUAUAAUACUGAUUAAUUGGCUCCUCCUUCUGAUUUUAGCCCAGUAAUACCUGUGAUCGUUUGGUUCCUCUAUCCUCAUAAAGCUCACUGGAAAUUGCCCUCAGAUUUUACAAACUCAGGGAUUUCUUGAUUAAAGGAACGUUCAAUGUUGAAAACAGAACAUUAUCUAAAAUGGAGGCAGGGUAAUUAGUACACAUCAGAUGGAGAAACACCUCGUGUUAGCGCUCCUGUAGAGGGCUUGUUAUUAUAGUCCUCCUGUACAGUCGCUCUGCAUUAGAGAAUUAGAACUUCAGCCUUUUCCAUAACAAAAAUUGGCAUCUUUCAGUUCUGUGUAGCAUGUGGGUAUCCUGAAAUGUACAGACUGAGGAGGCAAGAAUAAAAAGAAACUGAAAUUUCUCAAUGUCACUACACUCUUAAACAUGCUUGCUGCCCUGUCAGCACUGUUGCCCACAGUCACGCUUUAUCUACAUCUGUAUUGUAUACACUGUGAUUAGGAAAUACGCAAGAAGUGUUUUUUCAUGAAUGCCGUUAGAAGAUGUGCUUAAUUGUAUUGGGUCAGAGUUUUACUAAAUCAAGGAUAACUGACUGUUGUAUGAGUCUGAUUCUCUGUUUUCACAUGGAAACGUGAUUGGAGUCAAUUUUAUUUUUCUGUGAGCUGAGAGUGAGAAUGAAUCAAUCCAAAAGCAUUUACACAUUUGUUUUAGAAUGCAGUAUAGUGCUUAUAUUUGUGCAGGAAAUUGCCACAAAGCAAUGUCAAGACACUGUGGGUCAUAAGAAGCUGAAAGGUGGUCUACUUCAGUUUAUCCACUGUUUUUUCCAUGUCGUAGACAAAUGGAGCCAUUCCUUAGACCAGUGUAGGGCUUGGGCCUUCUUUAUGUGUUUGGUGUUGGUCUUACUCUGCCUCUUUCUGGAAAUCAAGUAGAAUAAGGGAUAGGGGACACAAACUCUUUUAUUCCAGCUCCUGAUUUAUUCUAAGAAGCUGCUCGGACCAAGUCAGUCAGAAUUGAAAGGAGAGCAUGACUGACCCAAUUAAAGGGGAUAAAAGUGAGCUUGUGAAAGCACAGAGCACUCCACGGUGCUGUGUCUCCAUGGCUCCCAGCACGGUGCUGUGUCCCUGGCAGUUGCUAGAUGAAUGUGGCUAGGAAAUCACAAAGACACUGGUGUCUAGUAUAUAAGCGAGAGUGACUUCCAUAGUUCUCACUGCAGAGAUGACAGCAUUGACAUAAUAGUGGGCCUUUGGCCUUUACCAGGAGGUAGUAGUUAGUGCUCUUUUAUAAUAAUUGGGUAUAGAAAAAUUCUGAUUUUACAUAUUCCUUUAGGUUCUUUUCAUUUGAAGAGGUUUGAAAUCAAGUCAUCUAUUAAAUUUUUAAAGCUACAGAGUAAAUCGCGUAAAUCAGAGAUUUUAGUCAAUAAAAUGUGAGAAGUCAGACUAUAAGAAAAUUCAAGCACUUUCUUUAGCCUUGGGUAUGUGUCAUUGUUUUAACUUCCACAUUCUUUAUUUAAGCAUUUGAUAAGUGCCUUUGAUGUUCAAAGAUGUAUGGUGAGAGAUGAGCAAUGUAAAUGUCACGUGCCGUGUUCUCUAGCUUCUCAAUUCUUCAUAACCGUUUUUACACGCGUGGCAAAGUUUAGUCCUUUGUGUUCCUAUCAGAUGUGCAUUUGUAGCCCCUCCAUAGUAAACAGUAAAAUAAACUAUUUCAUAGAAAACAAAA